AUGGUUAGUGUUAAUUCAACAGGUAAUAUUACAAAGGCAUCUUAUUUAGAUGGUUUUUGUCAUCUUACACUUAAUAACUGUCACCAAAAAUGUGGUGAUUUUCAAUGCAUUCCUGUAAAUAGAUGCAAUGGUGUUAACGGAGAAUUUUUUGUCUGUUCAUUUUUUGAUCCAAAACUUUUGAUGUACAUUAUGUUAACAUCAUUUAUGGUUGUAUUAUUGUGCUGUUCAUCUAUUGUUGCUUGUUAUGUUUGUAGGUAUGCUAAAAAAUCAUUUGACCAGGCACAUUAUGUGGAUGGACAUAUAGUAUUAAAUGGAGUUUCUAAUAUAAAUACAUUACCUCAUCAAAAUUACACGACUGUUAAAGUACCACCACGACCAGAAAAUAUUUAUUAA